AUGGCAGCGCUCUUCAGUCCAGCUGCUUGCUCGCUUUCCAAGCUGAUGGUGCAGGGCCGGGAGUCCGCGGCCGCCCUCGAGGCUCUUCUCCGAGGUGCGUCUCCCCAGGAGCACGGGGAGGUCCAGGAGCUCGCCGCGGAGAUCCUCCGCUGCUGCGACCGCGCCCUCGCCGCGCUCCACCACGGUGAAGUGGCCGACGACGGUGCCGGCGGCAGGAAGCGCAAGUCCGGCGCAGCCGCGCGGACGAGGUCGAGCAAAAGGACGCGCGCGGACGGCGGAGAGGCGGCGGCGAUGAGGGUCGAGAAGAAGUGGACGUCGGAGGACGGGUUCAUCUGGAGGAAGUACGGGCAGAAGGAGAUCCUCAACAGCAAGCACCCGAGGCUCUACUUCAGGUGCACCUACAAGGACGACAGCGGCUGCAAGGCGACGAGGCAGGUCCAGAUGUCGGAGGACGACCCUUCCCUCUACGUCAUCACCUACUUCGGCCACCACACCUGCUGCACGGACGUCGCCGCCGCCGCAGCCUCCGAGGUCAAUGACCUUGGGGAGAAGCAUCAGUUCGUCAUCAACUUCGGCUCUGCUCCCGCAAGCAGCGGCUCUUCGCCGUGGCUUUCCUCGCCGUCCUCCUCCUCCGAUGUCCAGAAUGAGACCUCACGCUCGUCGCAAGGCGUGUGCUCGCUGGAGGAAGGAGGGGAGGAGGAACUCCGGGUGAUGGAGACCAAGGUCGAGCCAGCGUCGUCAGACUUACAGACGGUGGCGGAGCCUAGCUCGUCGGCCGACGGUUCUAGCUCCUCCCCUGUUUGGGACCCCCUGGCCGCUUGCUCGGACUGGGAUUUCUUCGGCGAGAGCUCCUUCGAUUUCAUUAGCGAGUUCAUCAACUCCGACGACCUUGCUCUGUACCAAUCGUGCGGUGCGCGCGUGGAUUAAUUACUCCGCGCGC